UUGGUGUUUCUUGCUAGAUGAAUUUUUUAUAUAACAACACAAAACGAUCAAGAAUAGCCUGCCAGUGAAGUGUCGACCCAAACCCUUGUUCAAAUACAACUUAAGAAAAUUGGAACGUCCUGUUGGAAUUAAAACUAACCAAUACAACGCACCUGUGCGCUACACGUUGCAAUCUAUUCCGGUGGUAGUUUUGGGGUCAUUAUAAAGGGUAAACAAAACAUCAUGUGUUAUCUUCGCUUCACGUUGAAGUGGUGCUUUGCUGUAUGUCUUCUAGCAUACUAGAUAACGACACUGGUGGAUUUAUUAUCAAACAGGCAGAAUUUUUAUCUCACAAAAUAAACAGUUUUGUUGGCCUAACUGAAUCUUCUCUACCUGUAACAAGAUUGGAUAACGGUGUUGCACCUUAAUGCAGUGUUAAACAGUGAAUGUGUGUGAUUCUAUUUGAAUGAUUUGAGACUUCCAAACCAGGGAAAUGGUUUUACUUCUAUACCUUUGAUCUUACAGAAUUCUGGGUUUUCUACUUACACAAAACCUCUAGGUGGUGAAUGUAUGUGAUUCUGUUUGAAUGAUUUGAGUCUUCCAAACCUGGGAAUCUUUUAGUACUUUCAUGACCUUGGUUUUCGAUCGUCAAAAUACAUAAACUCUGCAAGUUGUGGAUGUGUGUGAUUAUAAUUGAAUCUACCAAUCCAGGGCAUCUUUAGUACAUUCAAACGCUGACUGUACUGAACUGGUUCUUGACCGUGAAAAUAUAUCAAAUCUGCAAGUAACAGAUAUAUGGAUGUGCGCGGGCAUGGUCUAAGAACAGUAAUUAAUCGAGUGAGAGAUAACUCUGAAAUAGCACAAAUGUCGCUGACAUUCCGGUACUACACGAGAGGAUUGCAUUAAAUGAGUUUUUAUGUUCAUUGUAAUAAUUCAAAUUGUUUGUGAGCAUAUCUAGAUUCUGGAAUCUGAAAUCUGGAGGAACCGAAUUCAACCCACUGACUGGUGAUAUCGGGUGUGUGUCGUCUGCGGUAUAGUGAUAUCACAAUAGAAAGGUGAAUGUCGCAGAUUGAAGACCAUCACUUUCAGUGAGGAUAUAACUCUGAUUUUAACCACUGAAACAGUUUUCUGGAUUAACAUGAGAAAAGGGUGAUGAUAUUUCAUGAAGUGUUGCAAAGGAUCUAAAAGUUUCGAAAACUCACAUUGUUGAUUUUGCUUUCCUGCAAGGAACUAGAUAGAUUAAUCGUUGACUUGGUGUUAAUUGAGUGGAAGAUAACUCUAAAAUAGCACAGAUGGCGCUGUCAGUCCGGUACUACACUAAGUCGGAUACGGAUUCAGCUCUGUACGUUUCGAUCUCAGUGCCGACGGAUGAAGAGUCUGGGGCAGAAACCGACAACACGUACGAAUCCAUCAAAUCAUGGGCUCUGUCAGAUCAGAUAGCCACGCCCGGAUCGGAAUCUAAUCAUGACUCGAGUUCGGGAAUUGCAUCCGACAUCGCGAGUUACAAUUAUCCACCCACCGCCAUGACGACAUUCAAAGGGAGUGCGCACUCUGACCGCCAUUCAAGCGACUCGUGUAAAUCGAAGACUGUAUCGUUCGCUAGCUCGACCGAUUCCAAAUCAUCCAACUACUACGUCCAGAUGCACACCAAACAGAGAGUCCGACACCACCCUCCAUCUCCCGUGGUGUCGAAAUCGGAACGCGCGACGCAUCUCUACAAAAACACUGUCUAUGACCCGCGAUACAUCGAGUCUCAGAUGGACGCGAUGAAGUCGAAGAUGAAAUACAUGGAUCUUCAAGACACGGACAAACUGAUGUGGACGGCGAAAGGAAAAUAUCCAUACGUCCGUCCGUCACCCUUUGAACUUCUCACCGACGACAUUGUUCUUCGGAUUCUGUCGAACCUGCCCACGGACCAUCUGUGUCGGAGUUCCCGCGUCUGUCUGCGCUGGUACCGACUGAUUUGGGAGCACCCGUUGUUGUGGACGAGCAUCGUGAUAAACAAUGACUCAGUGAAUAUCGACAAGGCGUUGAAAUACCUGAUGCGCCGACUGAGUUACAACACGCCCAAGGUUUGUGUGAUUCUCGAGCGGAUGAACCUGAACGGGUGUCACCAGCUCACGGACAAGGGGUUGAGGGUGAUCGCAAGGCGGUGCCCCGAGCUGAGGUACCUCGAGUUGAAGGGGUGCUUCAACGUCACGAACGUUGCGCUGUUUGACGUCGUGUCGAGUUGUGUUAAUCUGGAACAUCUUGAUGUCACAGGCUGUCCCCUUGUCACCUGCAUCAGUCUGACAGACAAACUGCUAUCGGAGAGCACAUCCCACAACCAGCACCAGAUCUAUCUCCGGUAUCUCGACAUGAGCGACUGCGCCGCGCUGGAAGAUGUCGGCCUCGGGGUGAUCACGUCGCAUUGCAGUCAGCUCCAGUUCCUCUACCUUCGCCGCUGCAUGCGCAUCACCGACACCGGCAUUCGACACAUCGCCCACAACUGCCUCUACCUUAGAGAGUUCAGCGUCAGCGACUGCAAGAGAGUUACGGACCUUGGCUUGUGGGAGCUGUCGAAACUGGGCGACCACUUGCGCUACCUUAGCGUGGCGAAGUGCGACAAGGUUUCGGACGUUGGGGUCAUGUACGUGGCUAAACACUGUGCGAAAUUGCGUUACCUGAAUGUUCGCGGCUGUGAAGCUGUUUCGGACGAAUCUUUGGAGUAUAUUUCGUGUAACUGUCCCAGACUGCGAUCGCUGGACGUAGGAAAGUGUGACAUAACCGACGAGGGGCUGCAGUUGUUGGCCGAAAACUGUCCUCAGUUGAGGAAACUCAGUGUGAAGUCGUGCGAGGGAAUCACGGACAAAGGGAUCGCGAUUGUCGCCUAUCAUUGCCGCGGCCUAGCCCAGCUCAACAUUCAGGACUGCGAUCUAUCGGUGGAAACGUACAGGACAGUGAAAAAAUACUGCAGGGGUUGUAUCAUAGAACACACAAAUCCUGCGUUUUAGAAUCUAUGGUGGUUACAUACCCGGAUGGCUAAAAAAAUACUGCAGGGGUUGUAUCAUAGAACACACAAAUCCUGUUUUUUAGCAUCUAUGGUGGUUGCGUACCCGGACGGCUAAAAAAAUACUGCAGGGGUUGUAUCAUAGAACACACAAAUCCUGUUUCUUAGCAUCUAUGGUGGUUACGUACCCGGAUGGCUAAAAUAAUACUGCAGGGGUUGUAUCAUAGAACACACAAAUUCUGCGUUUUAGAAUCUUACAGUAUCCGAUUCUCAGCCACGUUUACAUUUGGAACUAUAGUUAUCAUUAUCAGCAAGGGGAUUGAUCACCCUGAAUGUAACUGAUAUAUCAUAGAGCACACAAAUUGUUAGAAUCUUAUACAGGGGCCUAGCAUGGGAUUUCCAGGUGGUAUGCAGACUUUUUCGGUGAUGGAAUAAAACGCUAUUGGCAUUGAGCAUACACACAUUUACAUCAUAUAUUUUAAUAAUUAAAAAAAAUAUUUGUAAUCUUACAGGUGGUAUGCAGCUGCGUACCUGUGUAUAUGGAAGCUAGACCCCUGUUAUAUUGGCAUACCUUUAUCUCAUGCUCAGCCAUGUGUACAUUUGAUAACCAUGGUUCUCUCCCCUUAUCAGUGAGCCGCUUCCAGGAUGCAGCUCAGUGGAAGAGCACAUGCCUGAAAUAUGAUGCAUCAUGGGAUUGAUCACCCGGAAUGUACAGCCAAUGGUUUUGGGGAUCCCCCCCCCCCCCCAUCCCAUCAAAUAUUCCAUACAGACUAGCUCAUACUAUCUAAUCAAGUGUUCCAUGUGGACUGGCUUAUACUUUUGUGGGUUAACCCCACCCCCUAUAUCCAGUGGCAGAUCCAGAAAAUCCAUUUGGGGGGGGGGGGGGGAGGGGGUACAAUGACAUGAGGCAGAAUGCCAAGGGAACUUUGGGGAGGGUGAAAAUUAAAAUAUAAUAAAAUUAUAACUGUCGCAAAAUUUAGGGGGUGGGCCCGGGCACCUGGGCCCCCCUAGAUCUGCCUCUAAUAUAUUCCUUGACUGGUACAUCAAUGAGUGGAAUAACGAGUGGACAGAGGAGAAAUAAGGAGUGUGUUUUAGCCCCUAGGGAUGUGUUUGCCAUUUAUUAAAUUGACAGAUAUGAAACAUUCCAGACUCCAGUGCUAUCUGAAAACUGUUCCUGCCCAUGUUCUUGGAUAAAAAACUCGCAACAACUUCCACUUGUUUAUUUCUCAAUGUUAUGUCGCUUUUUUAUAUUUGCUUCUUCUGGGUUUUUUUAAUCUGCAAAUCAACCUCCAGACAGUGUUAGGGGGUCGUUCAAAUAUUACAUUGACAGACAGAAUAGUUUUGUAAAUGCCAAAUUUCUAGGGGUUAAACUCUGUGCAAAUCCACUACAGUCAAUCCAGUGGUGCUGCGAGGGUAGUGGCCAUGGGGGCCACACCCUCCCCCCACACCCAUCAAAUAUUUUUCUUUUAAACUUACAUUUUAUAAAAUCAUGCAUACAUAAAUAUUGUGGGUGCCCCCCCCCCCCCCCUCCACCCCCCUACAUAAAAUCCUGUGAAUUAACAGCAAGUAUUCAACCUUUCACAAAUAAAAUAAAUGACGGAGAUAGUACCAGUAGAUUUUUGACAAAAUGCAGAUAUUAGUGUAAUUAAACUAAUUUAGUUUGGGUUUUUCCCUCUCUACGAAAUAAAGGUUUAGAGCAAAACGACCGGCACACAAGUUUAAAGGUAUGUGGACUUCUUUCAACAUUGUGUGGUACUCCUAGUUGCCUGCUUUCCAUUCAAGCAAUUUCGCACACAUUUCCGCGAGAAAAUUUAUCGAUUAUUCAAUUACAUGGGACCUUUUCCACAUAUGCGAUUCCUAGCACAGGCAUUCAGUGCAUUGGGAAAUAAAAUAGUUUUUCAGCAUGCUUAUGUCAUAAUGUGAAGAAUUUACUUUCGACUUAACUACACAGAGUUGUGUGUGGGUAAUUUUUGGCAUGCUUCCAUCAGGGAACUGUUCAAGUACGUCUGUCCUAGGCACAGCCUCCGACUUCGCCAGAGAGGGUUGUCCAUGUCAGGUAAAGUACACUUCGAAUUUGUAGUUGAAAUAUACUGAUAAAUAAAUUUCACAAUCCUAGAUGUUAAGAAAUGAUAAUUUCAAGAAGGAAAUUGAAACAAGUUCUAACCACCAAUACCAUAGUGUUGUUAGAUUCUAACCACCAAUACCAUAGUGUUGUUAGAUUCCAACCACCAAUACCAUAGUGUUGUUAGAUUCCAACCACCAAUACCAUAGUGUUGUUAGAUUCCAACCACCAAUACCACAGUGUUGUUAGAUUCUAACCACCAAUACCACAGUGUUGUUAGAUUCUAACCACCAAUACCAUAGUGUUGUUAGAACACCACAUACCUUAAAUGUGUUCCACUGUAGAUAACGAUGUAUGUACAUAAUGGCAAAUUCAUGUACAUGAAAAUAAAAUAUUUAUAUCAAG